AUGAAAAUCAAAUUAAUCAAGUUAUUAGACCAAGUAAAUUUCCCUCGAGAAACUCGACUGUAUCCAACAAAUGUACAGCCGAACAAAUUACAAAUCAAAAGCAAGAAUGAACGUUCCUAUGAUGAUGGUUAUAAUUUAGUUGGCGCACCAAUGCGAGCAUGCUCGGCAGGCCGGCUCAUGCGAUUUGUUCCAGAACAUUCGAUGCAUCGAGGUAAAUCAAUCACUCAGAAAUUCUAUUAA